GAGAACUGCUGCUGAUCACACGCUGAUGAUCUGCUGCUGUUCCUCCACCAGGCAGGAUUAUAAAUAUGUAUUUUGUCAUUUCUGCCAUGAAAGCUCAGAUUGAAAUCAUUCCCUGUAAGAUCUGUGGAGAUAAAUCAUCAGGGAUCCACUACGGGGUGAUCACCUGCGAGGGCUGUAAGGGUUUCUUCCGGCGGAGUCAGCAGAGUAACGCCGCCUACUCGUGUCCUCGCCAGAAGAACUGUGUGAUCGACCGAACCAGCCGCAACCGCUGCCAACACUGCCGUCUGCAGAAAUGUCUGACUGUGGGCAUGUCCCGAGACGCUGUAAAGUUUGGUCGCAUGUCCAAGAAGCAGCGAGACAGUUUGUACGCUGAGGUUCAGAAGCAUCGCCUCCAGCAGCAGCAGCAGCAGCAGGGUCCCGUCCUCCCGUCUCACCCCAGCAUCGGCAGCCCGUCGCCGGGGGAGGCCGAGCCGCCGUCACCCCGCUACGGCCUCACCGAGCUGCCGGACGAGCUGGGCGGCUACAUGGAACAAAACUCUCCUGAAGGAGGAUCAGUGUCGUCCAAGGCAGACUCUGGAGGAGGAGGAGGAGGAGGAGGAGGAGGAGGAGAAGGUCGAGGGUUUUACCUGGACAUCCAGCCGUCCCCGGAUCAGUCUGGUCUGGAUAUUAACGGAAUCAAACCGGAGCCGCUGUGCGACUACGGAUCCAAUAACGACUUCUUCCCGUACUGUUCCUUCAGCGACGGAGACGCGUCACCCACAGCGUCCAAGGCUGAACUCGAUCACGUGGUUCAGAUCAUCUCAAAGUCUCACCUGGAGACGUGUCAGUACCUGAAGGAGGAGCUGCAGCAGAUGAGCUGGCAGAACUUCCUGCAGGACGAGGUGGAGAGCUACCAGAGCAAGCCGCGGGAGGUGAUGUGGCAGCUCUGUGCCGUGAAGAUCACCGAGGCCAUCCAGUACGUGGUGGAGUUCGCCAAACGCAUCGACGGCUUCAUGGACCUCUGUCAGAACGACCAGAUCGUGCUGCUGAAAGCUGGCUCUCUGGAGGUCGUGCUGGUCCGGAUGUGUCGGCUGUUUGAUUCUCAGAACAACACCGUCUACUUCGACGGCAAGUUUGCAGGACCGGAAGUCUUCAGAGCUCUGGGUUGUGAUGACUUGAUCUCGUCGGUGUUUGACUUCGCUAAAGGAAUGUGUUCGCUGCAUCUGUCGGAGGACGAGCUCGCUCUGUUCUCAGCGUUCAUUCUUCUGUCUGCAGACCGGUCGUGGCUGCAGGAGAAGCUGCAGGUGGAGAAGCUUCAGCAGAAGACUCAGCUGGCUCUGCAACACGUUCUACAGAAGAACCAGAGAGAAGACGGAGCGCUAAACAAGCUCAGAUGUAAGGUGUCUGCGUUGCGUUCACUGUGCAGUCGACACACGGAGAAGCUGUCGGCGUUCAGAGCGGUUUACCCCGACACGGUGAGGACGCACUUCCCUCCUCUCUACAAGGAGCUGUUCGGAGCCGACCUGGAGCUCCUGACUCUGCAGGGCGACGACUAGACCUGGACCAGGAGCUCCACGGAGCCCAGCUGAAGGAUUAGGACAGACCAGGUCCAGUUUAAAACGGCCAUGGAGGUCGGGACGCUGCACUUUUCAGAGACCACAAGAACCGGGAGAUUUGAACUCCUCAUUUGUAUCU